GUCCUGUGGCGCUCAUGUCUCAGUGGUCUCUGCGUUUGUGAAGAAAGUCGAGUUUAACAAAGAGAGAUACACGGGAAAUAGGAAUAAUAUCACCAGUUGGGACACAGGAGGAGAACUUUUAAGAGCACAAUGACUGAAGACGUGCAGAAGCACUCGGUCCAUACUCUGGUGUUCAGGUCUUUGAAGAGGACUCAUGAUAUGUUUGUGUCGGACCAUGCCAAAGCCGUGUCCCUGGAUGAAGAAAGCCACAAGCUGAAGAUGGGUGUGAAGUUAAAGGCAGAUUAUAAUGCAGUUCUACACAUGCCUAUCCUUAAAGAAGGGAAAGGCAGAGCACAGCUCCCAGAUCAUCUGCAAGGACCCGGCGGCUACGCUCAGCCAGAUGAUGAUCCAGAGUACUUAAUCACUGGGACACAUGCUUAUCCCUCUGGACCUGGAGUGGCAUUGACUGCAGACACAAAGUUGCACAGGAAUCCCAGUGAGGGAGGAGUGCACUCCAUGGCGCUGGCCUUACCGCCUUCACAAGCAAGGCAGGAAGCCAGCCGCACAGCAGCCAGCGUUGCAGACAUCCAUCGACAUGCAGGAGGAGCAGAAAGAGUUCACCCACCGUCGACCGCAGUGUCUCUCCUCGAGGGCGGAGCCACCAGAAACUCUGCGCUCAUGCGGAGAGCUCCAACGAUGCCCAAACCUCAGUGGCACCCACCGUGGAAACUGUUUAGGGUCAUCAGUGGUCACCUUGGCUGGGUGAGGUCCAUCGCCGUGGAGCCGGGGAACCAGUGGUUUGUCACAGGGUCUGCAGAUCGAACUAUUAAGAUCUGGGAUCUGGCCAGUGGAAAGCUGAAGCUGUCUUUGACGGGACACAUCAGCACGGUGCGCGGCGUGGCGGUGAGCAGCCGCAGCCCGUACCUCUUCUCCUGCGGAGAGGACAAGCAAGUCAAAUGCUGGGAUCUGGAGUAUAACAAGGUGAUCAGGCACUACCAUGGACACCUCAGCGCCGUGUAUGAUCUGGACCUACAUCCGACCAUCGAUGUGCUUGUGACCUGCAGCAGAGACGCUACAGCAAGGGUGUGGGACAUGAGGACCAAAGCCAACGUGCACACACUGACAGGUCACACCAACACAGUGGCCACAGUGAGAUGUCAGGCAGCAGAACCACAAAUCAUCACAGGCAGCCACGAUUCAACCAUCAGACUGUGGGAUCUGAUCGCUGGGAAAACCAGAGCGACGCUGACCAACCACAAGAAGUCCGUCCGAACUCUGGUGCUGCACCCCAGACAAUACACGUUUGCUUCUGGAUCAGCCGACAACAUCAAGCAGUGGAUGUUCCCAGAUGGCAACUUCAUCCAGAACCUGUCGGGCCACAACGCCAUCAUCAACACUCUGGCUGUUAACUCCGACGGAGUCUUAGUGUCUGGAGCCGAUAACGGGACCAUCCACAUGUGGGACUGGAGGACGGGAUACAACUUCCAGCGGAUCCACGCGGCCGUGCAGCCCGGAUCCCUGGACAGCGAGUCGGGAAUAUUCGCGUGUGUGUUCGACAACUCGGAAAGCCGCCUCAUCACGGCAGAAGCCGACAAGACCAUCAAAGUUUACAAAGAAGACGACACCGCCACUGAAGAAAGUCAUCCGAUCAACUGGAAACCAGAAAUCCUCAAGAGGAAAAGAUUCUAGAUAUUUUUUUUCUUCUUCUUCUUUUGUCUCAUCACAUUUUCUUCCAACUCGUGUUGCGAAUACAUUAGCGAACCUCCCCUCCUACUGAAGCUUCCUGACGGUCGGUUUUACUCUAAAUACCAUCUGCAGUCCUGGUUGUGCGACGCCAGUCCAGUGAAGCUGCCGUCUCGAACGGCCAGGAACCUGCCGGACUGUUUGUUCUUGAUGACGACGGCUCUCCGGUGACUCUGGUCCGUCUGGUCCACCAGCAGCAGCCACUCCCCGGCUUCAGAGGGGCGGGGCUCGGAGUGGAGCUCGUCCCUGCUGCUGUCGAAGCCUCCAACAAAAAAAUACGUUUGAAAAUACAACAUGUAUUGAGAUCAACUUAGUUUCCAGUUGUACAAAGAAACUAAUGUCGACCGUUUUCCAGUUUUAAAUGUAAGUUUAUUUUGCCCCGUUUCAAUAAAGACCCUUUUUUUCACGUA